AGAAACAGGAAAGGUUAAAUAAGGAGCUUUAAGGACCUUACUCUAAAUGAAAACAUAGUGCUUUUUACCAACUAAUAUUUUGUCAAACCCUCCAUAAAAUUAUAUGAUAUUUCAGAAGGUGAUACUUGGGGUUCUAUAGCAUUUUUGACUCGGGCAACUUCCAGUAAAUGGCAGUUUGUUCACCCAUCCCACACGUACUCUCCAAACGGUGACUGUUCACUCUUUGCAAAAAGACAAGGAAGAGAUCAGGAAGUGAUAAACUGUGCUCAUUCCACAAACAGGGGCCCCAGCUCCCAUUUCUUCAACCCUCUGCUCACAGACGUAGGGUUAGAUACCCAAUUCCCAGGCCUGAAAUAAGGCGGAAUGAAAUAAUGAACAGAGAAGCCAGCAAUGCAGGGAGACCUCUCGCAGCAGAGCAGCGUUCUUCCUUCCCGAGGGGGACUCAGAGCCACCCCGGAACUCAGCGAGCCGCCCGCUCGGGACGCCCGCCUGCGGCCCCGCAUCCCGGCCGUGUCCCGGGCGGCCUCUGGGGGAGCCCGGGCUGCCGGGAGCUGUCCCCGGAGCCGGCUGCCCUCAGCAGGGACCCUUCCGAGGCAAGAGCCCCGCGGUUCCAUGCUCGCUCCCGUGCGCCGCCGCCGAGCAACGGGAGCGCGCGUUUCCAUGGCAGCGCAAACAGAGGCGGCUGCGCUGCCCCGCUCCCCGGCCGAGCGCGACAGCCCGGCCAGGGCAGCCCGCAGGAGACAGCCCAGGGGUCAAAGACACCAUCCUGACAUACAGCAUCAACACCUAAAAGUCUCUCUUCCAAACUUGAAAUGGAAACCCACCUUGUGCUGCCAGGAACAUGAAAAGAGGAAGACUAUGAAAGUCCAUGAGAAAACUACUUACUCCACUAAAAUGAAGGCAAAAAGCGGGUUGAGGAAAGCUUUGAAAAGGGAGGAAGAAGAGGAGAGCAGAAAAGAGGCGACAUGUGAAGAGAGACUGAAAUUUCUUCAGGAGAUGCUUUCACGGAAGUUAGCCAUGAAAAAAGAUUAUGCAUUAGACAGGGAGACCUUCCAUGGCUACCUACAGGACAGAAAACAGAUCUUUUUUCUUGAGCACACCAUUGCAGUAAAGCGAGGGGAGAUUGAAAAGAUGGAGAACAUAGCGAAGGAUGAGGAAAAAAAACUGGAAAAGGCUGAGAGAAGGAUGGAGAAGGAUGCUGCCAUGUUUGAUAAGUUCCUGAAGGAGAACCAUAAUAACUCUGUUGAAGCACUGAGAAUAGCCAAAAGAGAAACCUCAGCAAAGACAAAGAAAAUAACAGAGAUCCAGGGACUCACAACCGAAAUAAAGAAAAUCCAAAGUGAUAUCUCCAGAUUCGAGGACACCCUGCAGGAGUACAAGAUGUACAGGGACAUCCUCUACCAGCUAUCUCCAAAAGAGUGGCAGGAGGAACACAGAAAAAGGCACAAAAAAGAAAAGGAUAAGGAAACAGCACCCAGAGUUAAUGAAGGAAGUGCUUCACAUCCCCCAACCGCAGAGCAGGACCAGGGUCCCACAAACACUGCCCAGAGCGUCACUUUUACGGAUAUGCCAAGUUCCCUGCUGUUUUCAGAAAGUUUGGAUUUCAGGUCACGUGAUGUCAGGCCACAGCUUAAACACUUCCUGAAGCCUCUUUUAUCAAGAGAACUAAGUUCACUGGAGGAUGCAGAGAGUGAAAUCAGCUCAGACGAAGAUGAGGAGCCUGAGCUCUACUUUACUGAUCCUGAACAAUUGCUUGCUACUUUCAUGGAGAUGCUGGAUGAGAACUUAUCCUUUGUCCUGAACUCCCAGGAUAUUGCAGACAGUUGGAACAGUGUCCAACAGACUUUCAUCACCACACGUGAAAGCAUGGAGAAGGAGUUGGCAGCGCUGAAACAGCAGGCAAACAGCCUCCGAGCCUCCGUGGCCAAGGAAGAAGAGAAAGUAGCCGACCUGAAGCUCAAAGUUCAGCUGUUUUCCUCUGGAGAACACGAAGCUGAUGACCAGGACAAAAUGCUCACAAGUCUGAACAAGAAGGUGCAGGAAGUCUAUUUCCAGUGCACUGGAGACAAUGAGACAAACCUGCCAACAGUAGAGAUGUUAAAGGUAAUAGAAAAACAGCUCAACGAUUUACUGGGCAGCGUGGAGAGAAUCCCACCAGCAAAGAUAGAAAAGGCUGUGAACGCCAUAAGAAAGGAACAGAGGGCAAGGCUCAGAGAGGAAAAGCAGAAACAAGCGAAGCAGCAGCAGGAUGAAGGAUUGAAAAGGGACAUGGAAAGAUCACAGGUACCUGAAAAAAAAAAGAAUUACAAGACAGUGGCCUUACCUUCCAACCCACCUGCCAGGAAGAACAGCCAAGGAAACAGAUAAGAAGGAAGAACAAUUGUUUUAUUUUUCCUGCUGGCACAGCCUUAACCACAGCUCAUAGGGCUGAUGCUGUUCUAGAAGUCUUUUCUAGAUCUACAUUCUCUCAGUCUUUGCUCAGCUGAACUUUACUGUCCCAUGAAAUUUCUUUCUUCUCCUACCCUAAGAUUCCAGGGAAAGUUUGCAACCCCUUUUCUCCUCCUCUGGUAUUUUGCCUAAUUAGAAAAGAAAUAAAAAUUCUCUCAUUUUGCUUCUCAA